AUGGCGGACCAAGACUCGGUCUCUCGCGAGGAACAGCGGGCCCAGCGGGCAGUCGCCGUCGCAAAACUCAAGCGCGCGGCGUCGUUACCCAGAAUGAAGGACGGUCGGCGCCCACCAAUGCACUCGGAAUCAGUCAGCGAGGGCGAGAAGGGCAUUCCACCGACGCCGACCCCACCUUUAAACGGCCCAGACAAGCUCACUCCAGAACCUCAAGACGAUGCUACCCCAGAAGCACAUUCACCAGAGCCUAAUCCCCAAUCUGAUCAACAGCAAUCCUUCUCUGAAGACACAAAGCAGGAUGAUGCCGAGCACCAUCCCGAUGCCCAGGUUGCAGAGCUCGAGACGGAGGCAGAUGCUGAGCUGGAGGACAGAUCGCUAUCCCCAGGGCCAACACGCUCAAGACGUCGUCGUUCACGGUCUCGGUCAAGGGGCUCUAAAGACUUCAAGGGGAAGAACCGUGGCGCACCGUCGCCGACACCUCAUAUCGCCGGUGAUUCAUCUCCAGACGAAGCGCCUCCAAUGCCAAUUACGCUCCCCAUCUUACCACCCAUAUUUACGCCGAUACCUUCUCCUUUCGGACUGCCACCAGCACGAUUUAUGCCUUCUCCAGAUCCCUCAAUGUUCUAUCCAGGGCCCUCAGCACCACCAACACCUCUACCUCUACCCAGUUUACAGGAGCUGCAAAAGAACCUGGUGCGUUCGAAUAGCGCAGGCAAUACAGCAGCCAGUCGCAGGCUAGCAUUGGCCAAGUUGACAGGAGGUGCAGACACUUAUGAGCCCUCUCCGUCACCAACGCCGCCACCACUACCCGGCAACAGACUUGCUCGGAACAAUACUGUCGCAGGUGGCGAGCGAAUUGCAGCACGUCAGCUUAUGCUGGGACGUCUAGCUGGCCGUGUGGCGAAGGAGACCGAUAACGAACAACAAGCCAGCGGUGAAGAACGAUGUGCUCCGUCCCCUACGCCAAACCACAGGCGGCGGAAGCGACGAUCUCACAGGAGGAGUUCCUCUGCGGCGGCCAAUCCCGCUGUCUCCGAUUCUGAUCCCGCGUCAACUGCCUCCAGUACACCUCUCCCCCCUAACGUUUAUCACUCACCCCCGGGUUACCUCCAGCAGCUCCAGCAACUCCGGGCACAAUCCACCACUCCUAACCAGGCCUCGAGCUCUCGCAAUCAGAGCAGUGAACACAUAACCUAUGUGCAGACCUCUCAACAAAAGUCGGAAGUCGAACCCGAACCUCACGAACACCGUCGCAGAAGUGUCCUGGUUGAAGAUGAUGAGGAAGAGGAUGACCGUUUCCAACAAAUUCCUCGGUCGAGGACCCCUGCCUUUACACCGCCUCCACAUAGAGCCUCCCCCCGCAUACAUAUUAUUCGACCAAUGCACUCCUCCGACUCACCUGCUAGUCAUUCAUCGGAUUCUGUUCCUGGAGUAAACGGAGCCGCAUCCUCAAGCACGGUGCCUCUGUUCUUAGGUCGUGGAUCCCCCGCACGACAUGAGCGAUUCCCGAGCAGCCCGUUCACAACACCUCUCAAGGAGAAACAGCCUCUGAGUGACGACGACGAGGAGCAAGUACUCUACCCGGCUGACACUCUUCGGCCCCGUACCCCUGCCAGUACCAGUGUGCCGAUUGCAGACUCGCGGCCUCGAACACCGUAUGGAGCCGACAGGGACGCUUUCGACAGAGAAAUCAGUUGGGUUGCUUCUCCUGUGCCUCAAAUAAAUCUUCCCAUUGACGACCAUGAUGCCGAGGACGACGACGAGGACUAUGAGGAGGAGGGAGCUGAGGUACCUGUUCAAGACGAAGAUUAUGACGAACCGCCUUUAUCACCUACCUCUGCAAACGAUUUUACGCAGUCCCGUGUCUACGACGAAGCGUCUCCGCGAGUUUCCGCGAGCACGACAAGUAUUGUCAUUGAGUCCGAGGCUUCUGCGGACAUCCAUCAUUCUGCACCAUCACAUUUCCCCGCCAUUCCUCUUUCCCAAGCUGCCAGCUACUCUCAGAACGGCGAACGGUCUCCAUUAAAUGGUGAAGCCUACGCCGCGGACUGGGAAGACCGAUUACUCAGUCGAGCAUCAUCAACCAAACCGAGCGUAGAGGGCAGCUCCCCCAGCACAUGGGAAAAAGUGAAGAACACAUUUUCUCGAUCAACUUCCAGUGCAGGGCGGCGGUCGCGGAGCAAUAGCAUCGUCAAUCGGGAACGAAACUCGAGUGUGAGCAGGGAAAGUGGGGUGAGUCUUACCAGUGGAGGAAAGGGCGAGCGAAGUGAAUCGUUCACGCCUCCACACCACCACCACCACCACCACCAGCAACAGUCGCAACAACCAGCCGCCCCGCCAUUAAUGCAGUCGCCAUCCGCAUCCGCCUCGAUACUCUCCCUGGCGCCGCACCACGCCCAUAUGCGCGGCAAUCCCUCUCCCAUCCCGCCGGUUAGCGAUGCCGACCGCUCCAAGUACCAGAACGACAAGCUAUUCCCUUUCCCUGGUAUGAAAAAGCUGGAAGAGCAAAGGCGGGAUCGUGCACGGGGCGCGUUCCCUACGGCUUCCGCGUCAACCCCGGAUGUUACCAUGCUGGCCGGCGGGGAUGAAGCGCCAACGCCUUUAUCGGUACAAUCCUUCUCCAGUACUCCCCAAACUCCUGAGGAGCGCAAGCUCUCUCAUCAAGCUUCGGACACAAGACUAAACGUCAAAUCGGGGCCAGACCGGUUGGCGGCUUCACCCAAACGUCAGGAAUAUAUCGACCUCAUCCCGCUGAAUGCCUCUACGAGCUCCAGUUCUUCAAAACCUAAACUCCCCAUGACAUUCACGGAUGUGAAGCAAUGGUUGAGCAAGAACAAAGGGAAGAAGGCUUCGGUGUCUAACAUCGCUCCCCCUGCCCCUGUGACUUUUUCACCUUCUCUGGAAUCCCAGUUCUCGACGGAAUCAGGACGUCAAUUGAAGGCCUCGCUUAAUGACAUCUUACAGGCCAAUAUUAAUCCCAGCGAGUCCACAUCCGACUAUGAGCGGACGCCCACGAACGGCCAACCUUCCCGAGGGCAAACGGUCAACAUCUUGGAUUUCCGAAAUAAUGGUCGAGAGACGCCCGCGACGAGUGGUGCCCCUACAGACACGGAACGGACACCCAAGGCCAAGAAGAUUCUCCCUCUGACGCUGACGUCCUCGUCGGAUUCUCGGUACCAGGCCUUCCAGGAUACACCCACAGAACUGUCAAAACCCGAUCGGUAUAUGUCGCCUACACCUGAUCCUACAUCUUCUUUGAGCGAGUUCCCUGCUCAAUCGACGUCGGAGUCUUCGUCAACAUCGUCGCAGUAUUCCUUGGGACCCACUGCCCAAGCUCUUGCUCUACUGCAGCGGCUUGAUGACACUUUGGCUAGAGGUCCGGUGCCAGUCGAUGAAGUUCCUCGUAAACUCCUUUUCUCUUCCCCCGUCCUCCAAGUCGUCAACCCCAACACUGUCAAGGACAGAUUCCUCUUCCUCUUCACCGACAUCCUUAUCAUUGCCAAACCCCUCAUCCGGGACCAUGGAACCCUCAUGGAAACCCCAUCCAUCAUUCCGACGGAUAGACGUUAUAUUGUGAAGAGUGUCGUUCGGUUCCGUGACCUACGUUUCUGUCAAGACCGAGUUGAGCCUCUUCCCAAAGCAGCCAGCCCACUAGCCUCUACACGGAGCCCUCUACUCCGGCAAUUUGUUGCCGAUUUUACGCACGAGCCGGAGCAAGCUAUCACGGAUCUCUUCUCCAAGUCAAAGAUACACGACGAUUCACUGCUCAUUGGACAGGUACUGUUCAAGACGCAGGAGUUGAAUCGGAAGAUAUUAGGAGAAUACCUGUGCAAGCGGACAUCCAAGUCAAUCCUCAAGGCGUUCCUAGACAAUUUUGGAUUCACGGGUCUUCGGAUCGAUGUCGCGCUUCGCGUAUUCCUCCACUCCAUCCAUAUCCCUCAAAUCCAUGGUGUUUUGGAAUACCUGUUGGAUUCUUUCGCGGGUCGGUGGUACGAGGCCAAUGCAAAGAGUGUGGCCUAUGACCGAGAUAUGGCCGUUCGAUUGGUUCGCGCCAUCGGACAGUUGAACGAGCUCUUACACGGUGCAAUCACAGACGAAGUCGGACCAACAGGACCCGUGCGACGCAACAUCACGAUGAAGGACUUCUACGACGCCUUUCGACGGUACGACCCUCGCCGAUUGGUUUCAGAUGAGCUCCUCGAAGAUGUGUAUUCUUCAAUUCGUCAUGAACAAUUGUCGCAGGCUCGUUCGCAGGCGACUCCGGGUAUCGCCAUCACCUUCAAGCGUCCCCUCCCAACCCGACUGACUUAUAAGAUCCAGUCUGAUCCUAUCAUUAUCCGACUUCCUCAGCCCGAUCCUUCGCUCACCCUUCAGCUCUUUGGACAAGAUCUUGUCUUCGAACCUCCGGUCCUCAAUUUCGCUAAAUCUCCUGAAGCCUCUUUCCGAGUAACUGGGACUUCCCUGGGGUCGAAGUCGCUCGUGAUAUGCCGAUCCGGUCCGAAUGCGAUCAAGUAUGCAGGGAUCCCACUCACCUACACCAUCCCCGUCGAGCGUGCCUUCAUGCGGAACACCUUCCAAAUUGCCUUUUUGAACCACAAGAAGGUGAAGAGGAGGUACAUGUUCAGCGUGGACGAUCAUCUCUUGCGGCAUCAGUGGGCCCAAUCCAUCAGGCAGCAGAUUGAGAAAUCGUUGGCGACUUCUCCCCCUGGGUCCGAAAAUCCCAUCCCAGGAGCUUCGGACUUUAUGCGUGCCGCGGACGAGGUGUCGUUCAAGGUUCUUCAGGAAACGUUGAUUGGGCAGUCACCCGCGUCGUUACUUCAACAUGGUCAGAAUGGGCACGGCGCUUCCAGCCAACAACAUCUGUCUGUCGAGAAGGAUCUAUCGUACAACAGUCCUUCCCAUCGCCGUUCCAAGUCACGCAGCAAGCUAUAUCCUCGACAGGGUGCUGGCAGGUUCGAGUUUGACCUCAGUACCUCCCAUCGAUACAACACUUCUCAGGACAGCAAUGAAACAACCGAGGCUGAGGGUCCCUUCGACCAGUAUGGCAAAAUUGAAGAGAAAACGUGGACCAGCCGCGAAAUCGAGCUACAGUGCCAGCAAAACAGUCUGAUCCCUGCUGUCCUCUCCUAUCUGCAGUCGCAAUCGGUGACCGGACCUUAA